AAAGCUGUGUUCACGAUGUGAAGAAGACCAAGCACAAAUGUAUCAGCUGUGUUCAUGCUCGGUUUUACGAGCUGCUUAUCCGUUGGUGUGAGGUGUGAUUAUCUUGAAGUGGAAUGUAAAUGUGUGAUAGGUUUUAAACAAAGUUCCAUUGUGUUUGAAUGUGUUGCAAAAUUACAUUUCAAUUUGACGGCAGCCUUAUUACAUGUUAUCUACUAAAGGAAUGCACAACAGUAACUCCUUUGGCUCCACGCGUGUCCCUCUGUGGUAUAUAUGUGCGCGUGUAUAUAUUAUAUAUAUAUUUUGCAAAAAUAUAGAAAAUGCUUUUGUCCGGCCUUUACUCUACGUGGUUUGCUUAAACCGACUACAUGUCCAUUACAUGUAAAACAGGCCGAUGGCAAAAGAUCGAUUUGAAUACAACCAUUUGAAUAAGCCGUGUCCGCUCAUCGUUGUCGCCCAGUAGUCCAUCAGUGGCACGCGGUGCAGCCACAAUGGGCAAGAAUGCAGGCUGCUUCCAGGGCUGUCUGCACUACGUGUUUGAUUAUAAAACAUCCAAAACCCUGGUUAUUCCAAAUCUAGGGGUAGGAUGCUUUUUCAGGUUUUCCCAGCUUCUGAUAGUCCUGUACGUUGUGGGGUACGUGUGCAUGGUGCAGAAGGCCUACCAGGAGACGGACUCGGCCAUCAGCAGCGUCGCCACCAAGGUCAAAGGCUUCGCCUUCACCAACACGUCUGACACGGACCCCCGGUUUUGGGAUGUGGCCGAUUAUGUCAUCCCGUCUCAGGGUGAUAAUUCAUUCUUUGUUUUAACCAAUAUGGUUAUUACCCCCCUUCAAACUCAGUCACGCUGUCCAGAGAUCCCCAACCCAUCCACCACUUGUGUGGAUGACUGUGACUGUAUCGAGGGAUACAACGACCCCCGAGGCAAUGGCAUACGGACAGGACUGUGUGAGAACUAUUCCACCACGGCACAGACCUGUCAAGUGCACUCGUGGUGCCCUCUUGAGAUAGACACGAAGCUUCCAGAACACGCACUGCUGGCUGCAGCGGAGAACUUCACUGUGUUGAUCAAAAACACCAUAACUUACCCAAAGUUCAAGUUCCACCGAAGAAACAUACGGCCACAUAUUAACUCCUCAUACCUGAGGGCGUGUGAAUUCAAUCGUGCAACAGACCCCGACUGCCCCAUAUUCCGCCUCAAACACAUCGUUUCAGAGGCCGGAGAGGAUUUUCAAGACAUGGCUGUUAAGGGCGGGAUCCUCGGUAUCAUUAUUGACUGGAGCUGUGACCUGGACUGGUGGGCAGGGAAAUGUUUGCCCAAGUACAGCUUCCGCAGGCUGGACAGCAAACAUCCUGUUAACAAUGUGGCACCCGGAUACAACUUCAGGUUUGCAAAAUACUACAAGAACCGAGAUGGAAGGGAGACAAGAAGCUUGAUCAAAGCAUACGGGAUCCGGUUCGACGUCAUUGUCUUUGGAACUGCAGGGAAAUUUGGAAUCGUACCAACCAUAGUGAACAUGGGUGCGGCAUUGUCAUUCCUCAGUUUGCUUCCUACAGUUUCUGACUGGUUUAUGUUGACAUUCAUGAGAAAAAGAGAUCUUUACAGCAAAUGGAAAGUCACAUAUCUAGACGAGGACGCAGUUACCGAAGCUGUGUCGAUGGGAACGAGCUACGGAACCCAAUAGCAUGCUCAUAUUUACUUUUUAUUUUGGGGGGAAUUGUUCCUCUUCCAGUGUGAUGGCCAGAUGACAGAUGACGUCAGUGUAAAACCCUCUGCAGGCUUAAUUGUAACUUGAAAUUUACAGAGAUUAUUUCAACUCUUCAAAUAAAACUGGUUAAAUAUC